AUCUCAAACUCUUGCACCUUGCAAACAACGCUGCCUUUGGCUCUUCUUGCUAGGUUCAGAAUAAUCUUUAACAGAAGCCUUCAAGCUUCUCUCUUAUUCUAGUGUCUUCUUCUUCCAAGAGUGAAAAAGUUAGAAUUUCAAAGAGGCCAAUUUGUGAUGAUGGGGUGAGUUCUUUUUUGAAUCUGUAAGCAAGUUACAUUUCAAAUGAUCCAAAAAGCAACACAAGCUCAUGUCUUUUCUGAUCUCUAACUGUCAUGAGCGAUGCCUAAUUGUUUUCCAUCUUUUUGUUUGUCCUUUUGCUUUUAGCAUUUCUUUCAAUGCAUGAUUUGUGAUACUCAGGGGCUGUUGCUCUGUUGCAACAACUGCCCAGCAACCUAUCAGUUAAACUGCCUUUCUUCACCUCUUGAGAAAGCUCCCGAAGGGGAUUGGCAAUGCCCCAACUGCAGCAACAAGGAAUCAGGAGAUUCACCAGAUGAACCUGUAGAUCCAAACGCAACAUCACCUGCUAUAGAUGUAUGGCUUCAAUUCAGUGUUCUUUCAACUCUAAUCAUUCAACCCGAGAAGAGAAAAAAAAAAAGAGGAACCCAGCCAUGCCUUGGAAAAUUGGUGAGAAAGCUUGGAGAUUUCUCCUUCCUUCUUGCUCUAGAACCUGAAUUGGAACCCAGAAAUUCUCCCCCCUGCAGGAGUUCCCGGAUCUGCUCUGUUCUUCCUUCCCUGUCCGCCGGCUGCUCUUGCUUGUGGGUGUGAUUUUCAGUCUUUCUUGCUUUCCCUGCAGCUUGCCGCCGGCUCCUCCCCCAGCCAAGCUCGGUUUCUGCAGCUGGAAAUUCUGGUUCUUGAUCGUUCUGUCAGUUAGCAUCGAGAUUGAGUGCUCGGUUUUAUGCGAGUGAGGUAAGUAAAUUUAUGGUAGUGCCCGUACUGUUUUAAAAGCAUGUUUUGAUUUGUUUUUGAAGUGGUGGCGGGACUAAACCCGUUUUACACAAGUAUGACUGAUUUGAAGUGAAAUGUUUUGUGCUUUUCAUGAAAUUGAGCAUGCCUACUUGAAAUCUGAUUGAUUGUCCUGAUGAUUUGAAAGUGAUUGUGAAGUGUGAUUUUUCUGUUAACUUCUGCCUGUUUUGUCUCCGAUAUGGUCAUGUAUUCGUGUGCCCGCUAGUGGGAGGUUUAUAAACGCUAGCACAUGUCGACAUGUUAUUGAUAGAACCGGUUCGCUCGAGGCCCUACUAGUGGGGAUUAUACACUAGUACUCGUGUGCCCGCCAGUGGGAGACUUGAUUUAGCUUCCUGAGCAUUAGAUCCUUCCAUAAACUUAAGUGCAUAUGUAUAUUAUGUGGUCUGUUGCUGGUCUUCAUUGAUGUUCAAGCAGUUGUAUUUUAUCUUUAGAAUGUGUCUUCUUUAGUUUCAGUUAAAUUGAUUGCAGCAUUGAAAUCUAUCCUCAUCUUAGGUUGUUUUGAGUUUCAGUCUGCUGGGUAGUUUUGGGUUGAUUUAAUGGUGAAACUAAAGUUGAAUCGGCAUUGUCUUUAAUCUCAUUUGUGAAUAAUGACAAUUUUGAUCGGUUUUGGUAUCUCUGUGGGGUUGACUUUUUUGGUUUUGAUUUGAAUCUUUAUCAUGUUCUAUAGGAUUUGCAUGUAUUUUUUGCUUCUGCUAUAAAUCUUUCUGGUUUAUUAUGCAGUGUUAUGAUUCUUGUGAAGAAAGUAGAAAAGAAGUUAGAGAUAGUAAAGGGAGACUGGGAGAGGGACUUUAAGCUUGGUUGUUUGAAUGAUUUUUCUUACCAAGAUCUGACUGUCUAAUUUCUUAUUUGUCUGACGGCUGUUUUAGCUUAGUGAAGCAGAACUACCUGCAAAACUGUCAAGCAGAGGUUGAGAUGGAAGUUGU